UGACCUUUUAUGGCGUGGUCAGUGGUGCAUGAUAGACCUGGAGGAACACUUGCCACUGUCACUGAGUUCAUGGUGAAUGGCUCUCUUAGACAUGUUUUUCUUAGUAAAGAAAGGCAAUGAUCGUCGUAAGCGACUCAUUAUUGCCAUGGAUGCAGCAUUUGGGAUGGAAUAUUUACAUUCAAAGAACAUUGUGCAUUUUGACUUAAAAUGUGACAAUCUGCUUGUCAACUUGAGAGACCCCAUACAGCCAAUUUUUUGCAAGGUUGGGGACUUUGGGUCGUCAAAGAUAAAAAGGAAUACCUUGGUUACUGGUGGUGUGAAUGGCUCUUCCAUGGAUGGCCCCGGAGCUAUUGAAUGGCAGUAGUAGUAAGGUUUCGGA